CUUGCUCACAACAUAACACAUUGAGUACCCGUGGAUGUAUCUGUAUACUACUGUCUCUGCAAUAAAACUGAUUUUAGUGAACAAGACAUUUUUUAACGGUAUUCCAGCGUUUAAUUUUUUUUUCAACAAAUACCAUCUAAAAUUUAACUUGUCAAUUUUUUUAAAAUUUCAUUUUGCUAUAAAGAAAAAAAACUAUAAUUUCUAGUGACGAUACACAAUAAUUCUGCAUAUUAAAAUAAUUAUAAUAAAAAUGACAAUGAGUUUUGCGUGACACGAGUUAGAAGCUACGUAGACGCUCUAUUGAAACUAAAUCAAGUGUCACUUAGAUGGUAUCAAAUUAGAGAUACAUGAAAGGGGAUCUAGAGUUCAAUAAUUGCGAUGAAUAUGACCGACUUCUCGAACGGGGAGUGGACGAUAAAAAGGCUUGUCGCAAACAAAUCCUGGCCGCAUUCUUGGCCUCCCUGAUGUCAUUCUCGUCGGGCACGGUGGUCGCCGGAUGGACGAAAACGACGAGCUACAAAAACGACGACGGGCUGACAAUCAUCACCCAAACGGAGACGUCGUGGAUUGUCUCUUCGUACGUUUUAGGCGCACUCAUAGGCGCCCUUCCGGCCGGCAGGUUAUCCCACAAGUACGGCCCCAAGAGAUUGCUGCUUUGGCUCGCCGUGCCCAUGACGGUCGGUUGGCUUUUGCCUUUGGUCGACAUAAACAACGUGUUGUUCAUAUGUAUCGGACGAUUCACGUGCGGCCUAUCCUUGGGAGCCACGACGGUAGUUCUGCCUUUGUACGCGGGCGCCGUCUCCUCGGACACACUUCGCGGUCGUACCGGAGUCUUUUUGGACUUUAUGAUGUGCGCGGGCAUACUGUUCGCCUACGUGACCAGGUCUUGGCUGCCCGGAUUCCGAGAGUUCCACAUCGUGUGCUCGCUGAUACCCAUCGCCUUUGCCGCGGUGUUCAAUUGGAUGCCCGAGUCUCCGUCUUACCUGUACUUUGUUGGCAAAUACGAAAAAGCUUCCAGGGCAAUGAGAUGGUUGCGAGGACGAAGUUUCAAUAUUCGCGAAGAGUUCAACCGGUUGGACAGAUCUCAAUGGACUAACAAGUCAAUAAGCAAAACCAGAAUCGACAAGAAAGUCAUGCACAAGGCGGUAAUCAUUUCUUUCGGACUUGUGCUCGCCCAAAGGUUGUCUGGUGCCGGCGGAGUGAUCCAGUACACGGUCAACUUGUUCGAAAUGACCGGCGCGCUCAUCGACCCCAACACUGCGUCCAUAAUAGUAGGAGUGUUUCAAUUGGUCGCAUCGUGGGUGUCUAUUUUGCUUAUCGAUCGGACAGGCCGCAGGACUUUGUUGCUGAUAUCGUCGUCGGUCAUCACCGUGUGCUUGGCCAUGCUCACUUGUUACUUUUACUUACUUCACCGCGGCGAUCUGGCCGACUCUCCAUGGAAAUACGCUUCCCUAGUGAUCGUGUGUGUGUUCAUAUCGGGUUUCCGAUUGGGGUUAGGACCUAUACCGUGGUUCAUGGUCACUGAACUGAUAUCGUCAAAGGACAGCGGCCGCGUCCAGUCCGUGAUGGCGUCCUUCUCGUGGUUCCUGUCGUUCCUGAUCAUGAAAACUUUCAAAUUUCUAAUCCAACAGAACGCUACCGCCCUGUGGUUGUCGUGCACCGUAUACUCGGCAGCCGGGCUGGCGUUCAUACUGUUUUACGUUCCGGAAACCAACAACAAGAGCCGCGAGCAAAUCCAAGCCGAGCUGUCGAUCGAUUGAUUCACAUUGGGGGUUUUUUUUUUGUAAAAAAUUACAACGGACUACCUAAAAAAGUAUUACCUGUCUAAAAUCUGCGCAAUAUAUUCUAGAUCAUACGACAUAUUGUUAUACUUUUUUGUCAUUGUUAAUAAAUGAUUUAUCAAUAAUUUUCUAAUAUUUGGACCAUCAGACAUAAAAGAUAAUAUAUGGACCAACACGCCAUAUAUAAACCAACGUUUGGAGUGACCCCCCCCCCCACCCCAGAUUUUUGGGAAAUUUUACAUAAGAAACUGAAUUUUAAUAAUUUUUUAAAAAAGAAACUCACUUUUGACGACCAUUGCCAAAAUAGUAAAAAAAUUCGAGAACACUUUUUUCGCCAUAAUAGACAUGUAGUGUAAUUUUCAAAAAAAUCGGAGGGUAUUACUCCAAACGAUCGUUCAUAUUUAGUGUUUUUGACCCAAUAUAUACAUGUAUAUAUAUAUAUUAUGUUGAUUAGUGGUUACCUAAUAACGAUUAUGAUAUUUGUAAUUGCCAAUUAUCAUUAUAAAUAAUUAUUAUUAACGCCGAUGUCUCAUGUAUUACAACACGCAAUAUACAAAAUACUUUUACUAGUAUUAAUUAAUGAUUAUGUUAUUAAUUCUUUUUUAAUCUUAAUUGUCUAUAUAAUUAUAUAUAUUAUAUAAUACUAUGUAGUGAAAACAAAUUGGAACAAC